CGUUCGUGCCAAAUUCUCAGACACGCUCGUCUUCGCACACUCGACACGAGCGAGAGUUCCCUAACCUCGCACGCUCGCCUAUCCCACGCCGGCGCCGGACCUAACCCUUUCCCGUCGCCGGCUCCGCCGUUGCCGCUUCUUCCUCCCCCGAUCUCCUGCUACCGGAUUCCUCUCUCUCGCCAUCGAUCCGCGCCGGACCUCCGCCGGUUGCCGGGAAUUUCGGUACCUGACGGAGUUCUGAAGAAACUUGGCGAUGAGAAGAUGGAUCUGCCAUGGAAUUUUGUCAAAUGAACCAUGUCAUCGUUCUGGAAGCUUGUGAAAUUCCUUAUGAUAUGAGGAAUUUUAGGUUUGAAAUGGAGGGAAUCCAUUAAUUUUGAUGGUGUUGGUCAUAGUGGAAUAAUUUUUAAUUGAAAAAUUUAGGGUUCAGAGUGGAGAUUAUGGCAACUGAUAUGCAGAGGUUUGUUGGAACAAGUGAGGAUGAUGAAGAAAUGGGAAUGGGUGUGAAGGAUGAGGAUGAGGAUGAUGAUGAUUAUGAUGAAAAUGGUGAGGAUGGAAAUGCUCCGGGGAUGAUAGAGAUUGAUGAUGGGAAUGGGAUACAAACUGCCCCAGGUGACAACAGGUUUCAACAACACCAGCAGUUUCAAGAGCUAGAAGAACCAGGGGGAGGUGCUCGAAGGUCUAGGCCGCUUGAAGAGAAAGAAAGAACAAAGCUAAGAGAGAGGCGCCGGAGGGCUAUCACUGCAAGAAUCUUGGCAGGGCUUCGCAGGCAUGGCAAUUACAAUCUUAGAGUUAGGGCUGACAUAAACGAUGUCAUUGCUGCUCUAGCAAGGGAAGCUGGAUGGGUGGUUCUUCCAGAUGGCACUACUUUUCCCUCAAGAUCUCAGGGUCAAAGGCCAGAUGGUGGUAAUUCUGCACCUGUCACUUCAUCUUCCCAAGUGCCUUCACAACAAACUCCAUCUGCUUCACUUAGGGGAGUUGCUUCUGGUUAUGGAAGCCCUUUAGAGUAUAAUGCAUGUCAAAUGAAAGGUGUCUUUAUGCCAGCUCCAUCUCCUUAUGAUCUAUCCUCAAGUUCCCGAUCGCAAACAUCUAUAGUGGGGGAUGGAGAAACACAAAGAGACAAUAUUCCUGGGAUUGGUGGUUCAAUGAAUAGUGUUGAUGAGAAGCAGAUUGCUGACAUGCCCCCAAGAUUACCAGAGCGUGAUUUGGCUGGUACCCCAUAUGUUCCAGUUUACGUGAUGCUACCCUUGGGGGUGAUCAAUAUUAAAUGUGAGCUUGUUGAUCCGGAUGGUUUGCUAAAGCAGCUGAGGGUAUUGAAAUCAAUAAAUGUUGAUGGUGUUAUGGUUGAUUGUUGGUGGGGAAUAGUGGAGGCCCAUGCUCCGCAAGAGUAUAAUUGGAAUGGUUACAAGAGGCUCUUUCAAAUGGUGCGUGAGCUAAAGCUUAAGCUGCAGGUUUUGAUGUCUUUUCAUGAAUGUGGAGGUAAUUUUGGUGAUGAUGUUUGUAUCCCAUUACCCCAUUGGGUUGCUGAAAUUGGUAGGAGCAAUCCUGACAUAUUUUUUACUGAUAGAGAAGGAAGACACAACCCUGAAUGUCUUUCUUGGGGAAUAGAUAAGGAACGGGUUUUAAGAGGUCGGACUGCUGUGGAGGUUUAUUUUGAUUUCAUGAGAAGUUUCCGGGUAGAGUUUGAUGAGUAUUUUGAGGAUGGUUUCAUCUCCAUGAUUGAAGUUGGAUUAGGUCCGUGUGGAGAGCUUAGAUACCCAUCUUGUCCUGUAAAACACGGGUGGAGAUAUCCUGGCAUUGGUGAAUUCCAGUGCUAUGAUCAGUACAUGUUGAAAAGUCUUAGGAAAGCAGCAGAAAUAAGGGGGCACUCUAUCUGGGCUAGAGGGCCAGAUAAUGUGGGUACCUAUAACUCUCAGCCACAUGAGACAGGUUUCUUUUGUGAUGGGGGUGAUUAUGAUAGCUUCUAUGGCAGGUUUUUUCUUAAUUGGUACUCUCAGGUUUUAGUUGAUCAUGGAAACCGGGUACUCUCCUUGGCAAAAUUAGCUUUUGAGGGUUCCUGCAUAGCUGCAAAGCUAUCAGGUAUUUACUGGUGGUACAAGACUGCCAGUCAUGCUGCAGAAUUAACUGCUGGGUAUUAUAACCCAUGCAAUCGUGAUGGCUAUGCUUCAAUUAUGACUAUGCUAAAAAGAAACGGAGUUAGCUUAAAUAUUCCUUGUGUUGACCUUCAGACGUUGAACCAACAUGAGGGCUUUCCAGAGACAUUUGCAGAUCCUGAGGGAUUAGUCUGGCAAGUGUUAAAUGCUGGGUGGGAUGUUGGCCUACCAGUUGUCAGUGAGAAUGCGCUUCCUUGCCUAAACAGAGUUAGCUAUAACAAGGUUUUGGAUAAUGCCAAGCCUAUGAAUGAUCCAGAUGGAAGACACUUUUCAUCGUUUGCUUACCCGAGGCUUAGUCCACUUCUUAUGGAACGACAGAAUUUCAUAGAGUUUGAACGAUUUGUCAAGAGAAUGCACGGGGAAGCUGUUCUUGACCUUCAGAUUUAACAGUAUAACAGCAGAGAGAAUCUGGAAGAAUUUGUACUUAGUUUUACCAACGAAAUGGUUGGGUUAUCCUGUUACAGAUUAGGUGAAUAGGAUUGUUAUUUUCUGUGGCUCUGGCUAGUUGUUAGUUAAUUAGGAUUUAGGAUACAUUUUUGGGGGGGGGGGGGGGGGGGGGUCAAACAACCCAUCCGAAUCUGGAUGUAAAAUUUGUCCAUAAAUGUGCAAACUCAUAGAAGUCUGUAUUGGCCACUGCACAAUGAUCUGUAUUAUUUCUGUACUUGCUAAAUUAUAUCAGUAUAGUGGACUAUCAAUUUAGAUGGAGCAGAUGGCACUGUAAAUUUGCAUUCAACUCAUGGAUCUGAUUGAAAACACGGCAAACUCGAGACAUGGAAACGUAGAGUUUUGAGAUUACCAAUCAAUGUCAUUUGCAAAGAAAGUUAUAAAUAGAAUGUUAUUGGGAAUAUUAUAUAUAAUAUUUGAUUUUAUUAUA